AAACCCUAUAUUUUCUGUGACGUGUGAAGAAAUCUUUCUACUUCUUGUCGCUCCCUUCUGCUAUCUCAAGUGAAAAAGAUGAAGCACUACAUGCCUAUUGUUCGUGAGACUCCAACAAUUGAGUUUGUAAAGCUCACCCCCGACAUGAAAUCGUUCGAAGCUUAUAAGACUAUCCGUGUAGAGCGCACAAUGAAGAGACAUGCCGGUGCUAGAGCCAAGAGGGCUGCAGAGGCUGGAAAAGAAGAGAAGAAUUGAGGGUCCUUUUUUCUUCUUAUGUAGGAGUAACUUUUAUCUUUUAACAUCGUUUGGAAUUUGAUCUUAUGUAUCUGACUCUGUUUUAUGCUUGAAAUCUUGGAUUUUGCUACUACCUUUCGUCUGCUUUAUGUAAAAGACCUUAUCUUUUCUUCCUUUGGCCUUUUAUUAUUGACGAAGAAAAUUUUAGGUACUAA